UCAAUCAUUAAUUUGAAGAAUAUCAGUUAUUUCAGCUUAUUUUGUCUAUUUGAGAGAGAGAAAAAAAAAAAACUAAAAAAUAAAUUUAUCCAAAUAUGCACUGAGCUUGACGUGCCAUCGACCUCUACCUCCAUGCUUCCCCUGCCGAUAUGGGCCAUUUUUGUUUUUAAAAAUUUUUUAUUCUUUUGCCUAAGACUGUAGACGUCGGUUUGAUAACUCGGCUCGUCUUUUAUGAUCCAAAAUUAAUCUUCACAUCACGUGAUGCUUGAACAAAGUUCCUUUACUUUUACACCUGCACCAAAAUCAAAAUGGUAAAUAAACUAUGAUGUAAUAAAAAUAUUAUUAAACUUGUUUAAAUUUUGAGUUCAUAGCUGAUUUGGACAUUUUUGCUAUUCAAAUUCCAUCCACUUGUAUUUAUUUAAGCAAACUUUAGAGACGAGUGUUCCUGAAAACAUCUUUUUUGUUUUUUCUUAGAGACCAUCUUCACAGAAGUGAAAAUGGGGAUAGUUGCAGAAGCACACAACGUCAAGAUUUUGGGUUCAGGGGACCGAGUCAUAGUCCUGGCUCAUGGGUUCGGCACUGAUCAAUCGGUGUGGAGAUACCUGGUGCCACACCUUGAAGAUUAUCGAGUAAUUUUGUAUGAUAAUAUGGGAGCUGGUACAACAAAUCCUGAUUUCUACGACUUCUCAAGAUAUUCAACUAUUGAAGGUUUUGUUUAUGAUUUGCUAGCAAUAUUAGAAGAAUUACAAGUCUCGUCUUGUAUAUUUAUUGGCCACUCCUUCUCCGGUAUGGUCGGUGCUAUUGCUUCCAUUUCUCGCCCUGAUCUCUUCUCUAAACUCAUCAUGCUCUCUGCAACUCCAAGGCUGCUAAAUUGUGAAGAUUACUAUGGAGGGUUCGAGCGAGAAGAGAUAGAAGAAAUAUUUGAAGGUGUGAGGUCGAAUUAUAAAGCGUGGUGCUCGGGUUUUGCGCCGAUGGUGGUGGGUGGAGACAUGGAGUCGGUGGCUGUGCAAGAAUUCAGUCGAACUCUAUUCAAUAUGAGACCUGAUAUAGCACUGAGUUUAGCCCAGGUUAUUUUCCUGACGGACAUGAGACAUGUUCUUUCAUCGGUCACCGUUCCUUGCCACAUUCUGCAAAGCGCCAAGGACAUGGCUGUGCCUUUGCCGGUGUCGGAGUAUUUGCAUCAACAUCUUGGAUGCCAAUCCAUUAUAGAGAUCAUGCCUAGCAGUGGUCAUUUGCCGCAACUCAGCUCACCGGAUAUUGUGAUUCCCGUCAUUCUCAAGCACAUUCACUCUGUUAAUUAACAAGCAAUGUUUUUUUCCCCUCUUCAUUUUAUUUCUCAAAGAUUUCCAGCGUUAUUCAACCUGGAUGAUA